GUUUGUCCCUUCUGUUUCGGUCACUCCUGGCUUGAAUUAUCAGCAGUGACGAUGAGUGUGUUAACUACUUCACUUAAUGCAUGCCUAGCUUCCCUCCUCAACUAGCUUAAUUUGCAUGCUGAUCUGGUUGAGUAAUUAACAGUUACAGUCGUCGUCGUCGUCGUCAUCUCCUCUUUGGUUUCUCCUGAACAAUCCAACGCUAGCUAUAUAUCUAGCUAUCUGUCUCCACAUCCAAAGCAAGAGCAGCGGAAGAAGCAAAGACGAUGCAUCCAUGGCUGCAGCACAUGGAGGUCCACGAGCUGCGUAGCUUAGUUAUUAGCUAGAAUAUAAUGGCGUCGCCGUCGUCGUCGUCGGUGAUCUCCAUCUUCCUCCUGGUGGCCGGCGUCGCGCUGAUGCUGGUCGUCCACAUCGUCGUCGUCUUCUGGGCGCUGCGGCGCGGGCGCGGGGCGUCGCGCGGCGAGGAGGAGGCGGCGCCCGGGCGCGCGGCGGAGGGGAACGGCGGUGGAGCCCGAGGAGGAGGAGGGAAGGGCCUGUCCGCCGACGAGAUCGGCGCGCUGCCGUGCCACGACGUCGUCAAGGGCGGCGGCGGCGGGGACUGCGCGGUGUGCCUGGAGGAGCUGGAGGCCGGGGACCGGUGCCGGCGGCUGCCGCGGUGCGAGCACAGCUUCCACGCGCCGUGCGUGGACUCGUGGCUGAGGAAGAGCCGGUGGUGCCCCGUGUGCCGCGCCGACGUGGUUGGCCGGGCGCCGGAGGGGGAGCGGAAGAUGGCGGCGGCGGCGGCGGCCGUGGAGACCACCGUGGCAGGGAGGAGUAGUAGCCCCGCCACGGGGGAGAUCGUCGCCGAAAGAUAGAUGGUUAUUAGCUAGGUUUCGUGUGGGCGCGUGGACAGUGGAUUUUCAACUGGAGGGGACGUUUUCUGGUUGUUCGUAUGUUAGUCAAACAGUUAUGAAAAAAUUUAAAAAUAUUUGAGAUGAUGUAUUAACAUGUGUUAUAUCGUUAUAAAAAUGUAAAUUAAAUUUUAACUUUUACAAGUUAUAAAAAAACAAAUUAAACUAUAACUAGUUACCAUCAAAUUUAAUUUAAGUGAUAUGAGGACAUAAAUAAAAAGUGUAGGGUUUAUUUCUAU